AUGGGCCAGAGACCAGCAAGAUCCAUCCAUUGCCCAGACCUGAUCGCCGUUCUGUUGUGCCUCGAGGCGUUCGUCGUCUUCGCCGCCCUCGUGCUCUUUGGCGUGGCGUACCCAGAUCGCUUACGUUCGCGGCUCUGGAGGAACGGCGGCGAAGAAGGGUGGUGUUCGAACCCGAGAAUGCGGAUAUAUUUCUAUGCCAACCAUGAAGAGCCGCCAGAGAUACCCUUGGUAUGGAGCCAAAGGUUGAAAACCUCCAAUCUGGCCACCGCGGUCCUAGGAGCGACGGUAUUCUUCGCUCGCCUGACGAUGGCUGCCCUACGAUACGAAGCCCGAUGGACGAACCUCACAUAUGACGCCUCUCUCGCCGUUCUCUGGGCCUGCAGUGCCGCGGCGCAAAACGGGUCUGAUCUGACCGAUCCUCAACACCUCAGUGAGAGACCGUGGUAUCUCAUGCGCAGCUGCGACGAAGCAUGGUCGCAGAAUCGAGGCUGGUGCAGAAUCGCAAAAUGGGAAUAUUCUUGGUCCAUUCUUGCAGCGUCGUUCUACGUCGCGAGGUUCCUAGGCUGGUUGGGCUGUUUGUUGUACGAGAAGGGCCAAAGAGAUGGAAGAACGGCAAGUUGCAAGUCGCCGCUCAUGCUGGAGGUCCAUGCAUCAAAUGAAGGGCGUGAUACUGCGUCGUACAAAAAUGACUCGGAAGAAGAGCAUAGAUGCGUUCGAAAUGGUCGAUGA